CGCGAAGAACAAAAUGUAACGGUUGGUUUGAGGGUCAUUGUGACUUCAUAAAGAUGAUUCUUAUUUUCUUAGCAGCAGUGUGGGUAGUGGGGUAUCUUUACUUCUAUAUAAAAUCAAAAGAUGACGCCCCGGAGUUAAUCCGCGCAAUGAUUAUAAUGGGGUCUGGUAACACACCUUUCUAUGUAUAACUAUAGGUGGACACACGAGUGAAAUGUUGUCACACGUAUCAGUUCUCACGCCAAAGUACCAACCACGUGUAUAUGUGAUUGCUACGACUGACUCCAUGAGUGAGCAGAAAGUUUUGAAUUUGGAAAACGGUCGUGGAAUUGAAUUCGAAAUCAGAAAUGUAAGAAGGGCCCGCGAAGUGAAGCAAUCGUACGUGAGUAGCAUCCUCACAACAGUGGUUUCUUUUCUGUGUUCUGUACCGCUGGUUGUACGGUGUCGACCAAAGCUGAUUUUAUGCAAUGGUCCUGGGACAUGUAUUCCUGUAUGCUUUGCCGCGUUGAUACUUCGGGUGCUUGGACUUCAUUCAACUGUAAUUGUUUUUAUUGAAAGCGUAUGCCGUACUAAGACGUUAUCUUUAUCUGGAAAACUUUUGUACUACACUCGUUUAGUCGAUGUGAUUGUUCAGUGGCCAGAGUUAAAAGCCAAAUAUUCGAGAUCGGUUUACUUAGGCCUUUUAUCGUAAACCGGUAUAUAUAUAUAUAUAUAUAUAUAUAUAUAUAU